AUGGAGAGACUUCUGCCCUGCACCCUGCUUGUGGCCCUGCUGCUUCCAGGCUUAUCCCGGGCUGGGCAUGAUAACCACCACGACGUGGCGGGGCCCGGGGCGCCCACCGAAGAGGCCCGUGCGCAAGGAACGAACAAGUCUCAAGUGUUCCGCCACCAAGUGAAGCGCCGCUACUUAGCGCGCGUCCCCCCUUUCCCCGAUCCCGAACCACAUUUCCAAGUCGUCGACUGCCAGAGAGGUGAAGGCCGCUGUCAAGAAUAUUGUAAUUAUAUGGAAACGCAGGUGGGCUACUGCUCUAAGAAGAAGGAAGCUUGCUGCGUGAUUCCGGCCUGA